CCGGGGGUGACACUAGUCAGCUGACGUGCAGUGAGCCAAUCACAAGUGGAGCUGGGCUGUAAACAAAAGCUAUGGUGUAAAAAACGAAGUGCCGCAGUGAGGGACAUGUCAGUGGAGAGAGAGGACAAAGACAUGAGGGUAGCACAACCAAGAAGCAGACAGGAGGCCUCCGGAGGACUGUGGGACUCCGUAAAAAAGGCAGCCUUCGUCAUCGGAUCCGGGAUCUUGUUCCUGGCGGCCUUUGGUAACUCGCUGACAUGGCAUCUUCAGAGGUUUUGGGGAGCGUCAGGAGACUUUUGGCAGAACUUGUGGAGCAAACUUUAUGUCAUGUUUGAGGGUCACAGCGAAGCUCUAUUCUACAUGGGGACGAUGCUGGUGCCCACUGUGGUGUUCUGGGGUUUCAAUGCUCUGCUGCUAUUGGUGGACACCACAGGUAGACCCUCCUUCAUCACCCGCUACCGUAUUCAAGAGGACAAGAACAAUCCGGUGGACCCAGUCAAGCUGCGUCAGGCGUUGAGAACGGUGCUCUUCAACCAGGUCUUCAUCUCCGCCCCCAUGGUGGUGGCAGCCUACCACCUGACAUCCUGGAGGGGAAACCCGUGUGGCCCUGAGCUGCCCACCUUCCACUGGGCCUUGAGCGAGCUGGCCUUCUUCUCCAUCUUGGAGGAAGUCUUGUUCUACUACUCACACAGGCUGUUCCACCAUCCCAGUCUGUACAAACAUUUCCACAAGCAGCACCACGAGUGGACCGCCCCCAUUGGCCUGGUGGCCACCUAUGCUCACCCACUGGAGCAUGUGUUCUCCAACCUGCUGCCGGUGGUGAUCGGACCAGUGGUCCUGGCCUCCCAUUUGUCCACCACAUGCACCUGGUACUGCUUAGCUCUGGUCAGCACCACCAUCUCCCACUGCGGGUACCACCUCCCCUUCCUGCCCUCCCCAGAGUUCCAUGACUUCCACCACCUCAGGUUCAACCAAUGUUUCGGCGUAUUCGGUGUUCUGGAUCGCCUCCACGGGACAGACGCCAAGUUCAGACAGACUAAGCAAUACGAGCGGCACACCUUGCUUACCAACCUGACCCCGCUUACAGAGAGCAUCCCCGACACCCCCAAGAAAAGCCAAUGAGCACCUAAGGACGAGACAAUUCAUUCUUAAUCAUUUUGUAUUUACACAUAUGAACAUAGGAUCAUUGUUAGAACUGUACCUUUAUACUGACUGAUGACCACACCAUCUCAGGUAGAAUCGUGAAGAAAAUCACGUGGCCCUGACGGCUAAAACUACAAUAGUACAACAAACAUCACAUUCUUAGACUGUACCAUGAAAGUAUGUCUCUUAGCGGCUAGAACAGGGGUCGGCAACCUUUACUAUGAAAAGAGCCAUUUCACCCACUUGCCCACUAAAGAAAAAUAGCCUGGAGCCGCAAAACGUUGUAUAUUUAAAACAACAUUGGAGGGAAAAAAAAAGACGAGUUGGAGUACUCUUGCUAGUACUGGAGAUAAACUUUUGUUUUUAAAUGAGCUCUAAUUUAUUUUUUAGAAUCGUCAAAUAACUCAUUAAUAAUAAUUAAUAACUCAAAUAACUCAAAGUAUUACUCAUUUCCCUUCAUGUUAACCUGUCAGAGAGAACAGGAUAGCAUCCUGUCUGCUCAUUCAGUCACCAGUCAGAACUCAGUCAGGAUGCAUUCAUGGUCUCACACAAAGUUGGAUUUUUGUAAACUCAUAACAAAGACGUGCAUUUUCACCACACGGGUGCUAAAAAAUAUUCAAGCAUUGCAAAGGGAGCCGCAACAAAGAGGCUGGAGAGCCACAUGCGGCUCUGGAGCCGCGGGUUGCUGACCCCUGGGCUAGAAGAAGAAACUACAACAAUCUGCGUCUGUACAGUACAAUGUAUACCUCCUAGUGGCUGAAACAAGAAACUACAAAAAGGACGAUGUCACGGCAUUACUCUCCAUGUGCAAGUAUGCCCCCUAGUGGCUGUGAUCAGUGCCGUGAAUCAAGAAAUCAACUUUCCUGACAGAAUCACCUUUUUAAAAAGUCACGGCUUUAAACAUAUGGACCUGUUCUGUACGUUUAAUACUACAGCACUUGUAUUUAAUCGCUGCUCCACUUGUGUGCACUUUGAGACAAUUGUAAUGUUAAAAAUUGAAAUUAUUUGUGUGUUUUAAUUGCAAGCUGUACAGUCAAAACAUAAAACAGGCAGCCUUUG